AUGGCUAUUUUCUUCUCUACAAUUCCACUUCCUUCCACUAAUCUCACUUCCAAAUUACCCAUCUUCAACAACGCUCCCCGUCAUCACGCUCUCCGCCAUUCCGCAGAUGCUACUAAACGCUUUCACAAAGGUUUCUCCUUUAUUGCUUUUGCUACCAAUGGUACCCACGCUAUUAGAAAAACCACUCCCAGAAGAAAUAGCAGAAACCAGCUUUUGAGUGAAGGGAGAGACGAAGAUGAAGCUUUUGGACCCAUUUGUCCUGGUUGUGGAAUUUUCAUGCAAGAUAAAGAUCAGAAUCUUCCUGGGUAUUACAAAGAAAGAGAGGUCAAAGAUGAGAUUUUUACAGAAGAGGAUUCUGGGGUUGAUGAGGAUGAAGCUGAAGAUGAAGAAGAUGAAGAUGAAGAAAAUGAUGAUGUUAAAGAAGAUAAGGGGUCAAUUGACGACAUUGACUUGGAUUCUGAUGAGUUAGAAGCUAUGUUACUUGGUGAAGAAAAGGAUGAUAAGGUUGAUUUGAAUGGGUUUGCACUUGCAGGGGUUGGGUAUGGUAAUAUUACUGAAGAGGUUUUGGAGAGGGCGAAGAAGCAGAAGGUUUCGAAGGCUGAGAAGAAGAGAUUGGCUAGGGAAGCUGAGAAGGUGAAAGAAGAGGUUACGGUUUGUGCUAGAUGUUUUUCCUUGAGAAAUUAUGGGCAGGUGAAGAAUCACACAGCUGAGAAUUUGAUACCUGAUUUUGAUUUCGAUAGGUUGAUUUCUACAAGGUUAAUGAAUCCUUCUGGUAGUGGUAGUGCUACUGUUGUUGUCAUGGUUGUGGAUUGUGUUGAUUUUGACGGUUCGUUCCCGAGAACAGCUGUGAAGUCGUUGUUUAAGGCGUUGGAGGGAAUGAAGGAGAAUACGAAGAAGGGUAAGAGACUUCCGAAGCUUGUUCUUGUGGCUACAAAGGUUGAUCUCCUUCCAUCUCAGGUUUCGACUACAAGGUUGGAAAGAUGGGUUCGACAUCGUGCAAGUGCGGGAGGAGCGCCAAAGUUGAGCGCGGUUUUUUUGGUUAGUUCUCGAAAGGAUUUAGGUGUGAGGAAUGUGUUGUCCUUUGUGAAGACUUUGGCUGGUCCUCGUGGGAAUGUUUGGGUGAUUGGGGCUCAAAAUGCUGGGAAGUCUACUCUAAUCAAUAUGCUUGCGAAGAAAGAAGGAGCUAAAGUUACAAAGCUCACAGAAGCUCCGGUUCCUGGGACAACACUUGGGAUUUUGAGGAUUGGAGGGAUUUUGUCGGCUAAGGCUAAGAUGUUUGAUACUCCAGGGCUAUUGCAUCCGUAUUUGUUGUCAAUGAGAUUGAAUCGAGAGGAACAAAAGAUGAUUGAGAUACGGAAGGAACUUCGGCCUCGGUCCUAUAGAAUUAAGGCAAGACAAGCUAUAUAUGUGGGUGGGUUGGCAAGACUUGACCUCGAUGAAGCCACUGUUAAAUCACUGUAUGUCACGGUUUGGGCAUCACCAAACGUUUCUUUACACAUGGGAAAAACAGAAAAUGCUAAUGAGAUUUGGAAUAAUCACGUUGGUGUCAGGCUGCAGCCUCCCAUUGGUAACGAGCACAGAGCUGAACUAGGUACAUGGACAGAAAGAGAAAUAAAAGUAUCCGGAACUAGUUGGGAUGUGAACUGCAAAGACAUAGCAAUAUCUGGUUUAGGUUGGUUCUCUUUAUGCAUCCAAGGUGAAGCAACCAUGAAGUUAUGGACCUAUGAUGGAAUUGAAAUAACUUUAAGAGAACCAUUGGUAUUUGACCGGGCCCCGACCCUAGGAAAACCAGGUUUUUGGUUACCAAAAGCUGUAUCUGUAGCCAUUGGCAACCAAACUAAACUUGAAGCUCAAAGAAGGAAAAAACUUGAAGACGAAGAUGAAGAAUACAUAGAGGCAAAGACAGAGAUAUUUGCAUGA